AUGUCUUCGUCAUCUUCCAAAAAAAUUAGCGACUUAAAAAUCCCAUUUGAAGAUAUAGCAACCGCCACCAACAACUUUUCUGAUGAAAAUCUCAUCAGACGAGGUGGAUUCGGAAAGACUUACAAAGGACAACUCCUUGGUUCCAGUCAACCGAUCGACAUUGUUGCACGGAGGUUAGAUCCAGAGUACAGGCAAGGAAAGAAAGAGUUUUUGAUGGAGAUUACAUUGCUUUCUGCUCUCAAGCAUGACAAUCUGGUCUCUCUGAUUGGGUAUUGUGAUGAGAAGGGCGAGAAGAUCAUCAUAAACAAACGUGAGACCCAUGGAAGUCUCGACAAAUAUCUCAACGACCUGUCCCUUACAUGGAUGCGCAGAUUGGAGAUAUGUGUUGGUGUUGCGCGUGCAUUGAGUUACAUCCAUUAUGAUAAGGAACGCGAUUUCAGCGUGAUACAUCGUAAUAUUAAGAGCUCAAAAAUCUUACUAGAUGGCAACUGGAAGCCCAAGUUAUCCGGUUUUGAACUUUCAAUGAAAAAUACAACCGCUCGAAGACACCGGCUUCUCCUUGAUCGUUUGAGUGGCACGAUAGGGUAUAUAGACCCAAGAUAUGAAAAGACUGGAGGCGUCACUCACAAGUCUGACGUGUACUCGUUGGGGGUUGUGUUAUUUGAAGUCCUGUGUGGGAGGAGAGCAUUCGAUAAACCUGAAUGGUUUUCAACUCAAUUGGAAAAACAAGAUUUGAAAGAAGAAUCAGGUGAUGUCGUGGUUGAUCAUGAGAAACACUCUCCUAAACACCAUUCCAGAGAGCCACAAAACUUCAGUUCAUCAUGUCAGCCCACACCAAACUACCCUUCAUUUGUAGGCAUUGAAAACCGGCCUCCCAGUCAAAACCAUAUGGCUUCACCUAACUACCCUUCAUUUGUAGGAAAUGGAAAGCGGCCUCAGUCUCACAGUCAAAUCCAUAUGGCUUCAACUAGGGAUUUAUCGGUAACAAUGCCGGCGUCAUCAUCCAGAAACUUUUCAGUAGCAUCACGCACCACGUCAUUCGUAAGCUUAGCAGCUGGAAACCAACCAAACAAGUCAUCGACACAAAUGCGCCAACAGUCGUUCCGGAAUAUACCAGACAUUACAGGAGGAAUGGCACCAUCAAUUAGUUGGAAUUUAUCAGGACAUAUGCGCGCGCCAACAUAUUCCGAAUUUUUUGAACAAACCGGUACAAGAUCUGGGCGAAACUUUUCAAUAUCAUCAUCCGACAAUUUUAAGCAGGUACCUGCAUCAUCAAUCCCCAACCCCAUAGGCGGAGAAGAAGAAUCAAGCGUCAAUAAGCAGCAACGUCCUGCACUAAAUCCCCUGGAUAUGUGCAUGUUUACGUUAGCUCCCUCUGCCAGAUUCCAUUAUGAACAGAGGCUUGGGCACCUGCGUAUUCCGGAAGAACAUUUAUUAGCUCCAUUGGCCAUAUCUCUUUAUAAACAGAAAAAACUAUCUGACCUCAUCGAUCCUGAUCUACUGAAAAACAUGGACCCACUAUCACUUGACGUAUUUUCAAAAAUAGCGUAUGACUGCUUGAAGGAUCAACGGUCAGAACGCCCAGAUAUAGAUCAAAUUGUCAUUAAACUACGUGAAGCGCUGCAUCUUCAAUGGAAACAUGAAAAUCCUGGUAUACCGCAUCAACACUCUCAAGGGGCUGGUGAAGUUGAAGGGACAUCAACCAAUCGAUUGGAGGUGGCCACCCACAAUUUUUCUCAGACACAGUGCAUUGGGAAAGGUGGAUACGGUAAGGUGUACAAAGCAGAACUUGAGCACUUUGAUAGCAAAAAUUUCCUGCAGAUAGAAGCGAAGAAUGCAUGUGAUCUGCCUAAGAUACGAAGCACCGUAGCUAUAAAAUGCCUCUUCCAAAGAAACGACACACAAGCAGAAGAAGGGUUCUCUGCAGAGAUUGAAACACUUACGAGUUGUAAGCAUCCAAAUAUAGUCUCUCUUCUUGGCUUUUGUGAUGAAGAAGGGUCUGACUUGAUCCUUGUCUAUGAGUAUAUUUCUAAUGGAAGCCUUGAUGACCAUUUACGAAGUUAUGAUAAAAUGAAUAGUCUUAAAUGGGAGCAACGUCUACAAAUGUGUCUUGAUAUUGCACAGGGACUAGAUUACCUUCAUACCGAACAUAGCAUAAUACACCGGGACAUAAAGAGUGACAACAUUCUGUUGGAUGAUAAUCUGGUGGCAAAGAUUGCUGACUUUGGGCUCUCCAAAAUUGGUCCCAUCUCUCAACAAGCCAGUUAUCUUGAGACAAAAGUUGCAGGUACAAAUGUGUAUUUGGAUCCAGAAUAUGAGAAGACGCGUAAGCUGAAAAAAGCAUCAGAUAUCUAUUCAUUGGGGGUAGUUUUCUUUGAGAUCUUGUCUGGGAGUUUGGCAUAUGCUCAAGCUUACAUGAAUAAAAAUGACAAGGGGCUCGCACCCUUUGUCCGACAACACUUUCAGAAAGGAACACAAAAGGAUAUGCUAGAUUCUAAAAUAAUGGAAGAAUUUGAUGAAAAUAUUUUUACUUUAAGUAAAGGGCCCAAUCAAGAUUCUCUGGAGACAUUUCUAGAUAUCGCAUAUCAAUGUUUGGCAGAAACUCAUAAAAAGCGUCCAAAAAUUGGAAUUGUUGUCGAGAAACUCAAGAAUGCAUUACAACUUCAAAAAAACCAAAAGGAUAAUCUCCAAAUUUCACUUGAAGACAUUAAAUUGUCCACAAAUGACUUCAGUAAUAACAAUCGCAUUGGAAGAGGAGGAUUCGGGAGGGUUUACAGAGGAGAAGUUACAAGCAUUGAUGGACGUCACACCAAUAUAGCUGCAAAGCGAUUGGAUACAGCUGGUGGUCAAGGAAAAACUGAAUUUUUAACAGAACUUGAAAUUCUUUUAGAGUACAAACAUAGAAAUGUGAUUGGUCUUGUAGGUUAUUGCAACCAACCUGGUGAAAAAAUCAUUGUUUAUGAGUAUGCGUCAAAAGGAAGUCUCGACUGGCAUUUGGGCAACAAGGAUCUUACAUGGAGGAAACGGCUGGAGAUAUGCAUUGAUAUUGCACGUGGUUUGGAUUUCCUUCAUGGGGGUGGUGCAACACAAGAGGUGGUGAUGCAUAGGGAUAUCAAGAGUCCAAACAUUCUAUUAGGUGAGGAUUGGAAAGCAAAAAUUUCUGAUUUUGGGCUUUCCUCAAUAACUUCACUAAAUGAGGAUGUGAUCGACAAUGCUUGUGGCACAAAAGGCUAUUGUGACCCACAAUACCUUGCAGAUGGUGUCUUUAAGAAAGCAUCUGAUAUAUACUCAUUCGGAGUGCUUUUAUUUGAGAUCUUGUGUGGGAGAUUGAUGUUCGAAGACAUCAAUGGCAAUGUUGAAAUUCUAAUAGAUGCGUUUAAACAAUAUUAUAGAAAAGGAAAACUUGAUGAUAUGGUGUUUAAGUAUAUAAAGGAACAAAUUGCGCCAGAAUCAUUGACUGCAUUCCAAAAACUGGCCAAUGAAUGUGUGGAUGAUCUACGACAAAACCGACCUACUACAGGUGAUGUGCUCCUACGACUUGAGGAAGCAUUGAAAUUACAGGAUGAUUAUGAAAUAUGGAGACCUAAAUUGCCUCAUGACUAUGAAGAAAUAUUCAAGAUGUCAAAAGAAUCUGAGAACUACUUGAGUAAAAAGAAAAAGGACCUUCACGACAUGCUUUCCGAAGGAAUCCUCCUUCAAAAGGGCAAAGUGUUGUUUUCAUUAGACGAUAAUGGAGAUCGAAAUGAAAUGAUAUCAGCCAGAAAGCUCCUAUACAAGCACCGUCGGUCACAUAAGUGGCCAUCUGGAAUUGUUCCAAAAUCAAGGUUUCAUGAAGUAGCAGAGAUAUCAAAUAUUUCAGAUCUAAGGCUCCAGAUAAAGUCAAAAGCUCAAUUUUUAUCUCCGGGUGUCAAUUAUGGUGUUCAUCUGGUAUUUAGAUUUUGUGGUCCAAGAAGAUCUUUAGCUAAACGGAUGUAUGUGAACCUCAAAUAUAAAAAGGGAAGUGAAACCUUACAUACACAUUUCGCAACAUGGAGAGAAGACGGGUGGAUGAAAAUCGAAUUGUGUCGAUUCUCAAAUUGCAAAGAAGAUACUAAAUUUGAGUUUCUACUAGAGAGCUUUUCACGAUGCUAUUGUGGAAGUCGUGAUGUUUAUGUUGAAGGCAUUCAGUUUCAAGCCAUUAAUAAUGUGAAACAUGAAGAAAUCAAGGUAUUAAAGGAAAGCCAACAAGGCUGUAAAUCAGAGUUGAACGUGGACCAGGUGCAACAGUUGCCUCCUACUUCAGAAGAAGUUGAAAAGUUAAGCAUGCUAAAGGAAGAGAACAAAAAGAAGCAUUAUAUGCUUUUGGCAAAGGAGGCUCUUUACGAAUCUUCUAAUGUGAAGCUUUUUAAUUCCAUAAACUCAACCCAGUCCAGAUCCCAAGAAGAGGUGCUUGAGCUUACAAGACAACAAGUAUUUCGUAUCAAGUGCAAGAUUGAAAGUCAAAGGUUGUCACCAGAUACAGAAUAUACAUGUUACCUUGUGUUCAAGCUUUCAGAACGGUGUCAUGGCUUGCGUUGCCCGGUUAUAGUACGAGAAUCUUCUAACCGAAAAAAGAAAAACACAAGAAUUAUUUAUUUUAGAUCCCCAAGCCCAUGUAAUGUCAAUCAUACUGAUUGGGUUCCAGAAGAGAGGGAAGAUGGAUGGAUGGAGGUCAAUGUGUGGCAAUUUAACUCAAGUAAUAAGCUUCGAGAUGAUUGUGUUUCUAUCAAUUUGAAGCUCAUAAGUUAUGAAGGAACUAUGUCCGGCCUCGUUAUAAGCAGCCUCGAGUUUCGACCGAUAUAAGAAGAUAUAUGAGGCAAUGAUGCGAGCAGAUAUAAGAAAGCAUAUAUAGUUAUUAGUGAACAUUAAAAAUAUUUGUCUUACAAAGAUUCUAUACUUGUGUUAGGAGUAGUAUGAUAUAUGUCAUACCACCGCAUGAACGAACUAUCACAU